UCGUAAGAAUGUCAACAAUCAAAAUGUCGCAUGCUUUCUGCAGAAAAACAGUAUUAAGUUUGGCUCUUUUCAAGAGAUCGUAUCGCGUCAAACAACUAGAAAACGCUUUAACUCAAAAUUACCAUGGAAGAGCUAACAUUUCUAAAGGGUAUUUCUUUUCUUCCCGUCAAAAAUCGUUUACUAUUACGGGGACAUUUAUUGUAGGAGCAACGGCAUAUUACUUGUUGUCAAAGCAAAAACAGUCAAAGACGCCCUCGUUCAGGGCUGCAUUUGUUUUAUCUGCAGCCACAGACGAAAACGAUGCGCCAGAUGUUGAAAUGGCAUUGAAAAAGUUAAAGUUUGAGGAGUAUGCUUCGUACGAAUAUGGAGGGAAGAGUCUGAUGACACCGCAAGACUUUCUUAAUUCUUUGGUCGACAACAAGAAAGAAAAUUUAGAAAGAAGGAAAAAAAAGCUGACAACCCAGGAUGUUGAAAAAAUUUUGAAAUAUGUUCAUCGGCUAUCUGCAGACCAGGAGGAUCUUUUUGCAAACAUGGGCGAAAAUGGAAUCAUUACUUACCCGGAGUAUUUGUUUCUGUUGACUUUGCUUACCAAAUCGAGUCGCGGCCUGGACGUCGCUUUCCGGAUGCUCGAUUUGGAUGGUAAUGCGACUCUGGGAAAAGCUGAAUUUCAAGAGCUCGAGAAAAUGCUCAAUCGAAAAACGAGGCAUUCUUUGGACGAGACUGACGUGGCUUUGCAAAACACAAGCUUAUUGCUAUAUUUCUUUGGCAAAUCUGGAAAGGGACAGUUGACAUUUUCUGACAUGCUAAGGUUUACUAGAAACUUACAAAGAGAAUUUUGGAGACUUGAAUUUCGCCUCUUUUCCAAAAAUCACGAUGUCAUGAAUAGCGAGCAAUUUGCUGAACUUCUUCUACAAUCCACCCGUCUCGACGACAGCGAUGUUCAAGAAUAUUUACAACGUCUCAAAUCUCGGCGUCAACAGGAUAUCGAAGUUCAUCUGACGGACUACAUAAAAUUUGGUGAAUUUCUCAACAACCUGCAGGAAUUUUCUAUUGCUUUGAAGAUUUACAAUGUUGCAAACCAGCCAGUUACUCAAGAAGAGUUUAAGAGAGCUGUUUUGAUAGCGACGGGUAAUGCUCUUGGCGACCAUAUCGUCAACACCGUGUUUCAACUCUUCGAUAUUGAUGGUGAUGGAAAAUUGAGCCAGAAAGAGUUUCUCGGCUUGAUGAAGGAUAGAGUCAGCAAACGUUUUGCCGCAAAAAACGAGACAAGUGGUAUAUGGGAUGAAUUUAUUAGCUGCGUAAAGAGCGAGGUCGUGGAUUAAAGUAUCGUAACUCAUGUCUUCUGUAAAUUCUUAGCCGUAUUUUCAGUUUCUGUAAAUUCUUAGCCGUAUUUUCAGUUUCAGUUUUUACCCACGCAUAUUUACAAUUUAGAACUCACUUUGCAACGAUUCAUGCUUAAUAACUUUUUCUCAAUCUUAA